GCCUCGUGCCCGCGCCCGUCGGUUGGUGGCGCCUUUGUCCUACGGCGAGCAGGUGGGCUGAGGCGGAGGUGGAGGCUGCGGGCCUGAGGCGAAGGAGCGUCCGGGAGCCCGCCGUGCCGGUAGCGAUAUUAAUAAGGCAGCGGAAAGAAGAAAUAUGAAUACGGCUCCAUCAAGACCCAGUCCCACACGAAGAGAUCCAUAUGGCUUUGGAGACAGUCGAGAUACAAGACGUGAUCGAUCCCCAAUUCGAGGAAGUCCAAGGAGGGAGCCCAGGGAUGGCAGAAAUGGUCGAGAUGCCCGGGAUAGCAGAGACAUGCGAGACCCCCGAGACUUGCGGGACCAUAGAGAGAGAGACAUUCGGGAUCACAGAGACAGCAGAAGUAUGCGUGAUGCUCGGGACAUGAGAGAUAUUAGAGACUUCCGUGAUCUAAGAGACUCUAGGGAUUUUCGAGAUCACCGAGACCCCAUGUACGACAGAUACAGAGAUAUGAGAGACUCCCGAGAUCCCAUGUACAGGAGAGAAAGCUCUUAUGACCGAUACCUGCGAAUGGAUGACUAUGGCAGGAGAAAGGAUGACUCUUACUUUGACCGUUACAGGGAUAGCUUUGAUGGACGAGGUCCUCCAGGUCCAGAAAGUCAGUCUCGAGCAAAAGAGCGUUUGAAACGUGAAGAACGACGUAGAGAAGAACUUUAUCGUCAAUAUUUUGAAGAAAUCCAGAGACGCUUUGAUGCUGAGAGGCCUGUUGAUUGUUCUGUGAUUGUGGUCAACAAGCAGACUAAAGAUUAUGCUGAAUCGGUGGGGCGGAAGGUACGAGACCUAGGCAUGGUAGUGGACUUGAUCUUCCUCAACACAGAGGUUUCACUUUCACAAGCCUUGGAGGAUGUUAGCAAGGGAGGGUCUCCUUUUGCUAUUGUCAUCACCCAACAACACCAGAUUCACCGUUCCUGUACAGUCAACAUCAUGUUUGGAACCCCACAAGAGCACCGCAACAUGCCCCAGGCAGACGCCAUGGUGCUGGUGGCCAGAAAUUAUGAGCGCUACAAGAAUGAGUGCCGGGAAAAGGAACGUGAGGAGAUUGCCAGACAAGCAGCCAAGAUGGCCAAUGAAGCCAUUCUCCAGGAAAGAGAGCGAGGAGGCCCUGAUGAAGGAGUGCGCGGGGGCCAUCCUCCAGCCAUCCAAAGCCUCAUCAACCUGCUGGCAGACAACAGGUACCUCACUGCCGAAGAGACUGACAAGAUCAUCAACUACCUGCGAGAGAGGAAGGAGCGGCUUAUGAGGAGCAGCACCGACUCUCUGCCUGGCCCGAUUUCCCGCCAACCACUCGGGGCGACCUCGGCUGCCUCGCUGAAGACACAACCAAGCUCCCAACCGCUCCAGAGCGGCCAAGUGCUCCCUUCUGCUACACCCACUCCAGCUGCGCCCCCCACCUCCCAGCAAGAGCUUCAGGCCAAAAUCCUCAGCCUCUUCAAUAGUGGCACGGUUGUGGCCAAUAGCUCUGCAUCUCCCUCAGUCGCUGCCGGAAACACCCAGAACCAGAAUUUUUCCACAGCAGUGAACAGCCAGCCUCAGCAAAGAUCACAGGCCUCUGGCAAUCAGCCUCCAAACAUUUUGGGACAGGCAGGAUCUGCUCGGAACAUGGGCCCCAGGCCUGGGGCUUCUUCCCAAGGGCUCUUUGGUCAGCCUUCCAGUCGCCUGGCACCUGCCAGCAACAUAGCUAGCCAGAGGCCCGUGUCUUCCACAGGUAUCAACUUUGACAAUCCAAGUGUACAGAAGGCUCUGGACACCCUGAUCCAGAGUGGCCCUGCUCUUUCCCACCUGGUUAGCCAAACUACAGCACAGGUGGGGCGGCCACAGGCGCCCAUGGGAUCUUACCAGAGGCAUUACUGAGGCUCAAUCUCAACUACUACCAGCCCCCUCGUCCCUGGCCGCCUCCCACCUAUUGCGUUCUAACUAGUUAUUUGGAAGAUGUUCUCUUCGCCUGUCCAGGUCACAUCAGAUGUCCUCAGUUUCUACCACCUGCUCUCUCCUGCCCAAGGCUGUGUUGCUUUUUCCUUCCAGAGCCAGAGUUUAUACUGCAUUUGUGGGUGUAUCUUUUUUUGUUGUUUUUGGUUUUUUGUAGAAAAUAUUUCUGGGGUUGCUUGGGUGGCAGUAUAGGUGUCUGGGCUCAGUUUAUAUUUUAUGGGUUUCAAACAUGGGUUUCUCUGGUCUUUCUGUCACCUCGAUUUGGAGUGUGGGGAGGGGGAGAAAAAGCCAAGCCCCAAUUGGCUGAGUUUGGAAUGACAUUUUCAUGUCAAUAGCCACUGCCUUUGUCUAUCUUUCAUCCUCACAGGCCAACCAGAGCUCCAGCUCCUGUCUGCAGCUCCUGCCCAGAGUUGCAUAGCAGACUGGGUUUAGCAGGCAUGGUGUCAUUGUGCCCCACGCCCCAUGUUAAGGGGUCUGCUUAAGGAUUUAUAGUUCAGCUACUCUGGAGUUUAGGAAUGUCCAUGGCAACCACACAAGCAGAUGUUUUUCUGCCUGACCCAGUAUUACUGGUUUUGGGUUUUCUCAUUUUUCUCUUCUUUUGCUUUCAUUUCAUUGGAGGAUCUCCAAUGGAGUAAACCUUUCCAGUCACCAGCAGUUUAACAAAAACUUUGAAUCUGGGCUGCAACCACUCUUAACCCCCCCGCCCUUAAUAUUUCUGUCAGCCUUUCUCCAGUGGUAGUUUGAUGGAAUCAGUUCUGAAAAGGCAACUCUAGACUCUGGCAUUGAACACCCAUUUUUUCAGUGAUUGAUUUGAGUUUUGGGCUUAAAAAUCAAUCUCUUGUUUUCAUCUGGACUCUUGUUCUGUUUUCUCAGUAGCAGGAGGUAGGGACCAUUUUGAUGUCAGACUUUUGGUAGCUGGACAUGUUCUUGAUACAAGCGGCUAUUCAUAACUUUCGAGCCAGAGUGAAAUUAUUAGAGGGAGAACUUCUGGCUGCUGCUCUAAAUGGAGCCAAAGGAAGCUGCCCUCUCCCUAGGGAUGGUGCUCAUUAGAGCCCCGUGGAUCACAGUCUCAAGGGACCCCAGGCAGGGAUGAUGGAGAGCGGUGACUUAAGCUGAGUCCCUGCUAGUGGCUAAGAAAACAAUGGUUUAAAAAACUCAAGGUCCCCAUAUGGCAGCAUUUUAUGUUCUGACCUGUUUGUGUUAUAUAGUGUUUUUCCCUCUUUGGAACUUGUGUUGUUAAUAAGAUGAGAUGAUUACUUUUUAAUUAAAAUGAAAAAGGAAGA